ACCAAGUCCAAGAUGCGAAAAAGCUCAAAUCCCGGUACCAGGUUCUCAUCCCAGGAGACUGACAGGAACUCCGUCAGGAUGGAUCCUUCCAGACGAACAACCGAGUCCAUGAUACCUAAGCCCAAGAUGAUGCGCAGCUCCUCGAGCGACAGACUCAGUGGUAUGAGAAAAUCCAAUUUGAGGCCUACUACUGGAGCAAAAACAUCCCUUGGACAGUACACAACAGCCUCAUCUAUGGUCUCUCCUAUGCCCAGCAGUCGCUAUACUCACACGAUUGAAAAGUCAAGCAGGGCUUCUAAUGUCGAUCCGUCUAAUCUAGCUUCUAAAGGAUACAUAACACCAAUGGCUAGUGGGUCUAGGCAUACAGGAACGGCAGGUGAUAAUAGAAACGUCAGAGCGUCGUCUGCCGAGAGGGCUAGCGCUCUCGUUCCAAAAGGUCCCAAAAAAGACAACAGGCCACUCAGCGACAAGAAUUAUCAAAACGAAAUGUUGAACAAAAUUGACAACUACUUUCAUUCUAUUGGUCAGAGUACUAUUUUAAACAGCAAUGGAAGCUUAAAGCCUCUCACUUUGAAAAUAUUCAUUGAUGCUACUAAUCUUCUGGUGAAGCUCCUUGAUAUAAAACAGUCUCUGAGCAGUGCUAAUUACAUUGAAGAAAUACCCAAAAUAGCUAAAAAACUUCACUACCCAGGAUCAAUGAAUAAAUCCUGGCUCAAAACUGCCAAUACACCGCACUCUUGGCCUCAAGCCAUUGGAUGGAUCAGCUGGCUUGUCGAGUUGUGUGAGGUCAAGGACGUGGCUAGUGAAAUUUUUACUUUGGAAAGGUUGCCAGUUAUAGGACAGUCUGAGGAAGAAAAGGAAAACCGCAGAAGUAUUUUUCUUUCCAUGAUUAAGUGUUACAAGGCCUGGAAUGAGGAAAAGCCUGAAGAAGAAGAUAGAAUUUUACAUCAAUUUUUCAGAGACGAAGCUGAAAGGAGAGGGGUCAGUGAUGAAAAGUACGAAGAAAUCAAUGCAGAGUAUGAGAAAGCUCAGGAAAAUUUGAAAAUAGAGCAGGCUCAAACUGAUAAAGUGAAUGAGGAAGUGAGCGAGUUGCAGCAAAUUUUGGUAAAUUUAAAAAGCGACAGGAUUAAGCAGCAAGAACAAAUCGCAGAACGACAAAUUUACAUUGACAAAACAAAAAAGGAUAUUGACAAUCUCGCCAAAGAAGCAGUCAAGUUUAGCAAAGAUGUUGAAAAAUUGGAAGCUGCCAAGGAAGAAUUGAGAAACGCCAUAAAGCAUCAACCCAUGUCUGUUGUACAGCGUGAUGAAAUUGUCAAGACCUGCACCGAACAGCAGACAUACAUACAAAAUUUCGACGCUCAUCUUGAAGAAAUAAAAAAAGAGGCAUACUCGUUGGACAUCCGCCUUGUGUCGUCAAAGACGAAUCUCGAGAAAGCUAUACUGGCCUAUAAUCAAUCUCUUUUUUUGCAACUUUCUGAUAGUAAAACAAAUAUUGACGAACUACUGAUGCCAGAAAACGGAAUUUGCAAAGCAGACUUUAUGGGCAGAUUGGAGGAAAAGAAAGCAUUGAUGAAUAACUACAUGCAGGAAUGCAGCAGAGAGUUACUAAAGAGUAGAAAUAUGCUUGAAUCGUAUGGCAGAGAAAAAGAGACGAUGAAGGCAAAAAAAGAUGUCUUAUCGGAGAAGGUUGAGAAAAAAAAGGCUACAGACGAGAAGAAAAAGCAAGAUUUUAGAACAAAAGAAUUUAAAAAACGCGAAGAGAUCAAGAAACUGCAAACCAACAUUGAUGAACUGUCCGAACAGAUUCUCAAAAUGACAAACGAAAUGGAUACAUUGAAUCAACAAUUAACAAUUUGUGCUGAAAAGAAAGAAGCUGUGAUGAAACAGAAGGCAUAUUUAAAAGAUUACGUGAAACCGUUUUUAGACCAAAUGAUUGAUAUCCUUGAUGAAAACCAAAGCGAACUAUGUAAAAUAUUGGAAAGUUAUGAAAAAGAUAUAAGUUUUUGAGUAACUGUUUUGAACCAAUCUUGGAUUUUCAAUAAUUAUCGAUUUUUAUAUUGUAAUUAUCCGUUGUGCUUUGUCUCUGGGUUAGAUGAUAAAGGACUUGUACCCACUGACUCUAGGUUCAAGUUGCAAUAUUUAUACUGAUAUGCAUGUACGUAAAAUAUAAGUGAAAUAUACGUGUAAUAUAGUUAUAUGUGUAACAAAAGUGAAUAUUUUGUAAAUUAUUUCAUUUGUACUUUUUUAAAACAUAACUUUAAGGAAUUGUUAUAUUCCUUAACGGAUUUUAUAAGGCAAAGCCUGGUCAAGUGCAUUUAUAAAUAAAAUAUAAUGUGAAUCUUGUAUGAUCAAAAUUUUUUUAAAUAAAAAUUGUCUUUUUAUGUACAUUACAAAAAACCAACUAUUGUAUAAACUUUUCGGACAUCGCACGAAGACGUGACUUUGUUCAA